CUGGGCGGUGUCUUGGCGCGGCCUGUCCUGGUUGCCCCGGGCCGAUUGAGGGAUGUGGUCUGUGCCAGCCUGGACCGACGAGAUUCCUCUGCUGUCACGGGGCUGACAUGCCGGAGAGUAACAAGAGUAGAUGCAAAUAAGAUCAUUCCAGUGAAAAUGCCUCGCGCUAAAGCAGCACAAGCUGGAAGACAGGGCCCUGCAAAGAGACGUCUUGCAGAAGACUUUGCAGCUGGGGAGGUAAUCACCGACAUGUCCAAAAAGGAGUGGAAGCUGGGACUACCCAUCGGCCAAGGCGGCUUUGGUUGUAUAUAUCUCGCUGAUAAGAAUUCUUCAAAGUCAGUGGGCAGCGAUGCACCCUACGUUGUAAAAGUGGAGCCCAGUGACAACGGACCCCUUUUCACGGAGUUAAAGUUCUACCAGCGAGCUGCCAAACCAGAGCAAAUUCAGAAAUGGAUCCGUACCCAUAAACUGAAAUACCUGGGUGUUCCUAAGUACUGGGGAUCUGGUCUACAUGAUAAAAAUGGAAAAAGUUACAGGUUUAUGAUCAUGGAUCGCUUUGGGAGUGACCUUCAGAAAAUAUAUGAAGCCAAUGCCAGAAGGUUUUCUCGGAAAACUGUCUUGCAGCUAAGCUUAAGAAUUCUGGACAUCCUGGAGUAUGUGCACGAGCACGAGUACGUACACGGGGAUAUCAAGGCCUCGAAUCUUCUUCUGAGCUGCAAGAAUCCUGACCAGGUGUACCUGGUAGAUUAUGGCCUUGCUUACCGGUACCGCCCAGAAGGAGUUCAUAAAGAAUACAAGGAAGACCCUAAAAGAUGUCACGAUGGCACCAUUGAGUUCACCAGCAUCGACGCACACAAUGGUGUGGCCCCAUCCAGACGUGGCGACUUGGAAAUACUUGGCUACUGUAUGAUCCAGUGGCUUAGUGGCCAUCUCCCGUGGGAGGAUAAUCUGAAAGAUCCUAACUAUGUUAGAGAUUCCAAAAUUAGAUACAGAGACAAUAUCGCAAGUUUGAUGGACAGAUGUUUUCCUGGGAAAAACAAGCCAGAUGAAAUUGCUAAAUACAUGGAAACAGUGAAAUUACUGGACUAUGCCGAGAAACCUCUUUAUCAAAAGUUACAAGACAUUCUUUUGCAAGGACUAAAAUCUAUAGGAAGUAAGGACGAUGGCAGAUUGGAACUCGGCGUUUCGGAGAACGGAGGUCUGAGAGCAAACACUGUGACAAAGUUUCAGCCGACGUACAGCACUGUCUUCGUUUCAGGCACACAGCACAGUGGUCAGACAGUUACGGACCAAGUGCUCGCCGAGCAGCGGAAGAGAGAAGUUGAGAAAAUCACAGAAGCGAGUGUGGAAGACAUGGAAUGCAUGGAUGCACAGACGGGGGAAGGCGUGCAGACCCGUUCCAAAGGGAGAAAGAGAGUCCAGAAGUAAAUCACAUGCUGUGAACUCAUUUUCUGUUUUUUCUUUGAUUUGACUUUUUCUUCUUUUUCUACUUUAAGUGUUUUCAUGUGAGUCUUGUGGGGGGUGGGUGACAGGGAAAGGCCUGUGUUUCUGAAAAACAAUUUUUUUAAUUAAAAUAAAUACUUAAUACAAUUUAUUAAAUACUUCAAUAAAUACUUUAACACAAUUUAUUAAAGGCUAACUUAUAAAAUUCCAGAGUCUCCAGGUUAUACAUACUCUCUAAAGCUGUCCCACUUGGUGUGGAAGGUUCUAGAGACUUACAGAAAGUUACUGUGACCUAUAAUUCCAGAGAAUGUAAACCGCUUGGCCAAGGCCUUCCUCUGAAGGAAGUAUGAAGCUUAAAAUGAAGGGAUCUUUGUGCUUGAUACAAAUACACAGUUUGUUGUGGCCAUAAGUUUGGUUUGUAUUGAUUUUAUUCAGUUCCACAAGAAUUUCUUAAGCACCUCUCUUAUGAAACAAGAGGUAUAAAGAAGGGAAAGAAUGUGAAAGAAAAAGUGGAGCAAUAAUUAUACAUGUGACAGAUCAAAUACACAUAUUUGAAAGUUGAAUUAUGUGAGAAUUGUGCAAGUAUGCCAGCUGCGUGGUGAGGAGGCAGAUGACAGUUGCCAGGUGGUGGCAUGGUCACAGGUUUUCUAGGCAUCUCUGUAUCUGUCUAAUUGGUAUCUCUCUCUCUUCUUAUAUUUUACUGUUCACUUACAGAUUAUUUUUCUUACGAGAAUAGUGCAGGUGUUUCAGUUUUCAGAAAAAGCAAGUUGAUCGGAAGAAAACAUUAAGUAAUAGCACGGGUGAGACGUAGACAGAUGAAAAAUUGUCCAGGUUGCACCGGCGUGAGCAGCUCUGGACGACGCGGACUGGAACUUUGCGCUGCCGCAGUGUGGACAUUGAGCUGCAUCCGCCCCGCCGCGGUGGCGCUCUGAGCAGUGCAGAACAGACCCGCACACUCGCCCCUGGAGGCGCCUCUCCACCCUCCCCGGGCUCCGCAGCUCCGAGCCUCCGCGGAGGGCAGGGCCCCGAGUCGGCAGGGCAGAGACCGCUGCCUCCCGCGGAGCCUGGGUUCUUUCUGCAGCGGUGCCGUGGGCCCAAGUUCAUGUGCGACCCCAGGUCCACCCUCGAAUUCUGUUUCAAACACACCGGAGCCUCAACUAGGAUAAAACGUGUGGUGUGUUUUUGUGUAUAUGCCUUAGCCUUUUUUAUUUUUCAGAACACAGAGACACAGCAGAGCCUGUUGGUUAAACAUUAAAAAAACAAAUACUUCCUCACAUACUGUUUUGGACAAGUGCCGGUGUGCCCUGCGGUGCUGCUCUGUUGGCAGG